GGUCUGCUCUAAGGGCCUUUGCGUCUGGGCCCGACGUGGGGGAAUCCUGGCCGGUCACUGAGGGGAUCUCGGUUUCGUCGCCGGCUGCGGUGGACGACCGCCCCGUAACGAGGCUUAGUAGCAGGUAGCAGCUUACCUGUCCAUCUUGGGAUUCACCGAUCUUCACGGCCUGCUCCCCGACGUGCUCUCUGACCUGCUCCCCAACCUGCCUAUCUUGGGUUUGCCAGCCCCUGCAGCUACGUGACUUAUGAGAAACCUUGUGUUCUUGCCUGCCGACCUUGGGGAUUCCUCAACAAUCACAGCCUGUGAGUGGGAGCCCUGCUCAUUGACUUGUUCAUCUUGGGUUCACCGGCUUCUGCAGCUCCAUAAAUUGGGAAAGGCCUCUAUCCUCAUUCAAGGACUUGGGAUAUUCCAACCCCUACAAUCUCGUGAGCUGUUUCCUGGAUAUAAAUCUCUCUAAACAUAUUUAUAUACUUUACUGGUUUUGCUUCUCUAGAAAACCCAUCCUAAGACAAGUGCUUGACUACUGUGCUGCCAGGGCUUUGAAGCACCUAGCCCAUAAAAAAAAAUAAAUACUAAAUGUAGCUGUGGUUAUUAUUUCUGUUUUAGAGAGGAGGAAACAGUAUCGGAGAGGUUCAGUGACUUGCCCAGGGUCACACUGGGAAUUGGUGGAAGGGCCAAGUCUAGGACCUAGAUUUUCUGAUUUCCAACCUAGGAAUCUUUACCUGUAUCAUUGCUCCCCAUGCCUCGGGAGAUGGGGCUGCAGAAAUUGGAGGGCACCUCUUAAGACUCCAGAUUGUGUUAGCUGUGAAACCCCCACAGGACUCAGGUCCGCAUGGACUCAGUACCCAGUGCUUCGGAUCCUGUGCCUGUGGUUGAGAAUAUGAGCUGCGUGGAGCUGGGAAGGGAGGAGGUGGCUGGGAAGGGGAUGCUGCUAAUGACAAGUAAUCUGUGAAGGUGUACCAACCUGUUGGAUAGGUUUCUUUUCAUUACUGUUUGCCUUGCUAAAUUAUUAGUUUUCCCUUAUUCACUGCCACUUUUCCCAUCUGACCUGCUUGCCUCAGAGCAUUCUGGAAAUAGUUGGAAGGUAAUGAGGAGGAGUAUAAAUAGGCCCAUCAGGUACUCUGAAGCAUUACUAAUUUGAAAUUGUAUGUUCCUGGCACAACAGUGUGUACCUGUGGUCUUGUGAAUGGGCUGGAAGGUGUAAUAUUACAAAGAAUAAUUAGAAGUUAGGAAGUAUUUCUCUUGGAAUUCUUUAGACUCUUUGAGUCCAUGUGCAUUUUCUGAACCCAUUACAGUGGAAUUCUCGUGGAAAUAUUAAAAGUAUCUUAAACUGUAUUAUCUGGCAUUCUGUCAAUCAAAACACUUCUGUUUUUGCCGUUUCAGUCAAUGACAUUACCUUCUUCAAACCUUCAGCCUGAAGCCGCCUGUUGCCGCCAACUCCUGUCCUGAUUUCAGCUGAGCAUGCUGGGAUUUUAGUCCCCACUGAUGACCCUUUCACCCAAAGUCUCAUCACCCCUCACCUAGACUCAUGGCUCUCCCUCCUCCAACCCAUUCCCACCUUUGAUCUUUCAAAAGGGCAAAGGUGUGAUCUUGUAGCUGCCCUAUUGUAAGCUCUCAAAGGCUUCCUAUUAUUUACAGGAUAGAGUUGAAACCCCCCAACAGGGGACUCAAGGUUGUCUAUAAACCGACUCCAGGCUACCUUUCUGCCCUAAGCCACCUGCUGCAUGCUUUGGCUUCAGUUUGCACACCAACCACAGCAGACUCAACAUACUGGUUGUACAACCCAUCUUACCAUGUACUACGCACAUUCGUUUGCAGUGCUCCCUCAGCCUGUCUCAGAGUGCCUAAAUCCCGCUUAUUGUCCCAGUUCAGCUCUAGCCCUCGUUCUUCCAUGAAGCCUUCCUUAAUCUGCCUGUCAGAAUCAUGUUCUCCCCACCUCCACGUCUGUGUUCCCAUACCACUUUGUUUAUCCCAGCAUUUAACUAUAAUCCUCUUUUCACCUUGCACUUUAGAUGUUUGUAAAAGCCUCUGUCCUCCAUAGUAAGCUUCAGAGUACAGGUACUCUGUCUCAUUCUGCUUUAUAUCUUUUACAUUCCCUAGCCCCUACUUCGUAGGAGGUAAGUUGAACUCAAAUGGCAGUGUUAAUUGACAUACUUAGCGAUGGCUCUUAAACACUAAAGGGCCUCCACAUAAUUUGUACCCAUCGUCAUUUUACUACAAGUAAAUGUACAGUGUUCAAAGUCAUCAUACAUCCAACAAAUGCUUAUUGAACAUCUGCUGUGUUCUAGGUUCUGGUAGGGAUGCCCCAGUGAAAAAAGCAGAACGUCGCAGUUCUCUUGGGGAUCAAUAGUAAAGAAGUAAAAAACAGUUACAGUGAGAUAUGCUGUGAAGAAAACAAAGCAAAGUAAGGUAAGGGGGAGCUAUUUUAGAUGGAAUGAUUGCAGAAGCCUCUCGGUAAGUGUCUUAGUUAUCUAGUGCUGCUAUAACAGAAAUACCACAAGUGGGUGGCUUUAACAAACAGAAAUUUAUUUUCCCACAGUUUAGGAGCCUUUCUUUUUCUCUUGGCUCUGGGGACAGUCCAUGUCUCUUUUCAGCGCCUGUUUCUUGGUUCCCUGGAGAUCUCAUGUGAUGUGGCAGCUAUCUUCUCACAUCUGUGCUUUUUUAUGUCUCAAAAGAGAUUGACUUAAGAACACCUUGCACUAAUACUGCCUAAUUAACAUAACAAAGAAAAGCCAUUCCCAAAUGGAAUUACAACCACAGGUAUAGAGGAUAGGAUUUAUAACAUUUUGAGGGGACACAAUUCAUUCCAUAACAGUAACACUGGAGGAGAUGUAAAUAUGGAGAAGGAUGCAGCCAGACAAAGAUCUGGUAAAAUGGUGUUUCACACAGAAGUGAAACAGAUACACAUGGACCACAAGGCAUGAAUAAGCUUGGCAUCUUUAAGAAAAGGAAACCAAAGUCAGUGUGGGUGGAGCAUAGUGUAGCAAUGGUCAAAGGGUGUGAGAUGAAGCCAGAGAGGGAGACUACAACCAGACCAGGGAGGUGAAGAUAAGAAGCGUGGGUUGAAAAAUCAGUAACGAGUCCUUCCGUGUUUGGACAUAGAGAGCCAAAUAUGAUUAUCUGAAGUAAUAAAACUGCUCGUUUUAUGGCUACUCCAUAUUCCAAAUGAGGGUGUUCAGAAAACAGCAGAAUCAUAAAUGUCACUGGUUAGGUAUAUUCUAGGCAUAUUGAUGUGUUCAUUCUUCAUAAACUUUCUUGUAACCAUAGUGUGGCAAUUGCUUAGUCAUACCUUUGGAACCGUCUACUACCCUUCACAGCACCUUGCUCAGUUUUCCUAAUAUUUCUCCUUCUUCUCUUGCAUGUCCGCUCAAGCCACUGAGCUAGGAGCUUGUUGAAUCUUGUCUUCAGCUGUCAGAAUGACUUGAAUGGCUUUACUGGCAAUCUGAUACACUGAGUACAAUUACCCAAAGAGCUUGUCAAACUUUUUUUAACUCUGUCAUUUGAGAAAUCUAAUCCUGGUAUGCAGGAAUGUAAUAGAAUAAUGAAAUCCCCAAACUUUAAAGUUGAAAGGGAAAUUAUGUGUGGAUGGCCUACACUAUGUCAGGCAUUUUACUGGAUGUUUCCAUAUAUUAUCCCAUUUGGGCUUCAUAAGCCUGUGAGCUUAUCAGAGCCACUUAGAUGAGGUCACAGGCUCGGGGUGGUUACCUUAAGAUCAACGUUCCAAAGCCCACUCUCUUUCCAGUGAAGACUGUACCACUUAGUGGUUAAGAGCCUUGUCAUACCAGGUUUCAAAGAUGCCAACAAAAGACACACUCACACUACUUGUGCAUGGACUAACACAUUACAUAAGAGAGAGUAAGAUCAACUUCACUGUGGGCACUGGUCUCCCAUGACCAGUGGAUGCCCCCAUAUGGCCGGUGCAGGACAGAUGUUUUGCUGUCACCCCUCUUGUGCCAUAGACUAGAGAGACCCUGUUCCCUCCCUACCAGGAACAGAGAAGUGGGGUUGGCCAGAUGCCAUAUGGUGCCCAUGCACAUGCAAGAGACAGUGAAAGUUACCGUGUGCCCAGAACAGGGGGAAGGCUUCUCUGACAAGAAGGAACUGGAAGAGACAGAGUGACCCAAUUCCCAGCCUCCUUAUCAGAGAUGUUCUGGGCCCAGGGUCUAGGCAUGGGAGGCGUGGAGGCAGACUGUUUACCCAAGAAGUGUGGACUUCUUAGGCCAGGCCACCAUUGGAUAUGAAUCCAGAUAAGCGGGGAAGUUAUUUACUCUCUCUCUGUUUUAUUUUCCUCAAGUAAAAAAACGAGAAUGAUAAUAAUAGUACUUUACUGAUAGAGUUAUUAUGAGGAUUAAGUAGUUAAUAUAUGUAAAGUAGAAGCCUGGUGGCUCCGUGGUUAAGCGCUCGGCUGCUAACCAAAAGGUCAGCAACUUGAACCUACCAGCCACUCUUAAGAAAAGACCUGGCAAUCUGCUCCCAUAAAGAUUAUAGCCUCGGAAACCCUAUGGGGCAGUUCUUCUCUGUCAUGUGGGGUCACUAUGAGUCAGAAUCAACUUGAUAGCACACAAUAAGAAUACAUAAAGUGCUUAGCUUGUUAUGUGGUUCCUAGCAAUAAACAGUAAGUGUCUUUUAUUUUCACUGUACCACACUGCUGUUUUAGGAACCUUAGAGUUCAUAUAACACAGCACAGGUUUGUUGCAACCUUGCAGAAAAGAAAACUGAAGUCUAGAGAAGUGAAGCGUCAUGACCAAAAUCAUAGUCAUUCAUGAGCAGAGGCAAGAUAAUAACUUUGUGUUCCUGUUGCACGUAUUUUUUUCUUCCUUGCGCACAUACACUAACUUCAUACUUACAGCCUCGCUCCCACGUGGGCUGUUCAUCCUGCAUGAUCCUCAGAGCCCCAGCCUGUGCUGCUCCCAUUCCCCACCUGGCUCUACCCUCUUCCUUGUUCACGUCCACCUGGGGGAGCGGUGGUUGUACUGGGGCCAGAGCUGGCGUCUAGGAAGUGGGAGCCAGUGGUAGGGCUCUGGGUUGUCUGGGUUGUCUCUGGUAUCACACUUCUGAGCUUCACUGUUGACUUGCGAGUGAGUGUGUGUGUGUGUGUGUGUGUGUGUGUAUAAAUCCCAAAGCAUUUGGCGACCCAUGUGUGCCUUCUGUCCCAUUUCUUAACUGGAAGGAACAAGUGACCGACUUUUUGUUUUGUUUUUUAUUUUUGAAAGAAGGAGGUCUUGGAUCCUUGAGAGGGUUUUUUUUUCUUUCUUUGUUUUUUUGGCAUAUACACGUAGAGAGGGAGAAGAAACAGGCCCCUAGGCACGGAGCACUUGAAGGUACUUGCGAGAUUUCCUAGGAGGGAAAUGUGAUUUGCUAUAUAAAGGAGUCUCCACCCCAUCCCACAUUUUUUUUAAGUGUAGGGUUAAUAUGCUCCUUAGAAGCAAGGCUGGUGAGACUGCAUCUUACAUACUUUGGACAUGUUGUCAGGAGGGCUCUGUCCCUGGAGAAGGACAUCAUGCUUGGCAGAGUGCAGGGUCAGCAGAAAAAAGGAAGACCCUCAAUGAGGUGGAUUGACACAGUUGCUACAACAAUGAGCUCAAGCAAAACAAUCAUUGUAAGGAUGGCUCAGGACUGGGCAGUGUUUCAUUCUGUUGUGCAUAGGGCCGCUAUGAGUCGGAACUGACUAGGCGGCACCUAACAACAACAACAACAGGGCUAAUAUUAAGCCAUGCUGCAGUGUGCGGUUUUAAACCAAGGCUUCAAACUGGUUCAUUCUGGUUUGAACUCCUGCUGAGAAUUUGCCUUUCUAACAAGUUGCCAGACGGUGCUAAUGCUGCUGGGUAGGGGCCUUUUCUGACAACCACUAGUAGAGCAGUGGUUCUCAAAGUGUAUUAUAUGUAAGAAUCACCUGGGGAUCUUGUUAAAAUGUAUGUUCUGAUUCAGUGUAUCUGGGGUAGACGAACCGGUUCGAAGCCCUGUUUUAAACAUAAAAUGUUGGGAAUUUGCUUUGGUGUUCUGUCAUUGAUUUUCUGGUAUAUGGGAGGAAAUGCCUCUCCCUACCAAAUUUGAAUUAUUUUCUAAAAGAUGUUUUUUCCAAAAAUUAGAAAUAAUGCCUGACCUUUGAAAAGUGCUUCAUGGAUUUCAAAGCACUCCCAGGUAUAUUAUCUUGUUGAGCCUCCACAGUGACCUUGUGAGGUAGGCAGGGCAGAUAUCACUGUCCCCAUACUGCAUAAGAAGAAAUAUGAAACCUAAAAAGGUAAGGGGGCAGGCGCUUAAGGUCACACAGCGGAAGCUAGAAGUUGGUCUUAGCUUUUCUUUUUACUAGCAUGCAUUGCCUUCUUGUUUUAAAUUAGGGAGAGUCAUGUUUGCAUUUGCAUCAGUAAUAGUGUUGCAUAUUUCCUUCUUACAGGUCCAGUUAUAUCUUUUGACUUUCACAAAUGGCUUCCCAGAAAUCUGCAAAGGAAACUGUCCUCAUUACAGGAGGAGGUGGCUAUGUUGGUUUCCGCCUAGGCUGUGCUCUGAACCAGAAGGGAGCUAAUGUGAUUCUGUUUGACAUCAACAGCCCCCUUCACACCAUUCCAAAAGGAAUCAAAUUUGUACGUGGAGACAUUCGCCACCUCUCUGACAUCGAGAAAGCCUUCCAGGAUGUGAAUAUCACCUGUGUGUUUCACAUUGCCUCUUACGGCAUGUCGGGGCGGGAGCAGUUGAACCGAAACCUGAUAGAAGAAGUCAACGUCAGGGGCACAGACAACAUGCUGCAGGCCUGCAGAAGGAGAGGGGUACCGAGGUUAGUUUACACUAGCACUUUCAAUGUCGUGUUUGGAGGGCAAGCUAUCAGAAAUGGAGACGAAUCUCUGCCUUACCUACCUCUUCACCUCCAUCCUGAUCACUACUCCCGGACCAAGUCAAUCGCAGAGAAGAAGGUGCUGGAGGCAAAUGGCACAGCCCUCGAAGGGAGUGAUGACGUCCUGAGAACCUGUGCCCUGAGAUCAGCCGGCAUCUAUGGGCCUGGAGAACAAAGGCAUCUUCCCAGGAUUGUGAGCUACAUCGAGAGAGGGCUGUUCAAGUUUGUGUAUGGGGAUCCUGGGAGCCUGGUUGAAUUUGUCCAUGUGGAUAACUUGGUACAGGCUCACAUUCUGGCCUCAGAGGCCCUGAAAGCUGACAGGGGCCACAUCGCCUCAGGGCAGCCCUACUUCAUCUCAGAUGGUAGACCUGUGAACAACUUUGAGUUCUUCCGGCCCUUGGUUGAGGGCCUGGGCUACACGUUGCCAUCCAUCCGACUGCCGUUGACCCUCAUCUAUGGCCUGGCUUUCCUAACAGAGAUGGUGCACUUCAUUUUGGGUCGGCUGUACAACUUCCAGCCUUUCCUCACCCGCGCUGAAGUUUAUAAAACUGGUGUCACACAUUACUUUAGCCUAGAGAAGGCCAAGAGAGAGCUGGGUUAUGAGGCUCAGCCAUUUGGCCUCCAGGAAGUAGUAGAAUGGUUUAAAGCCCAGGGUCAUGGCCAAAAUCAUGAGAGUCAUGACUCAGGGUGUCUUGUUUGGAACUGGCUGGUGGUCUUCCUCCUGGUCAUAGCAGCUCUCAUGUGGCUGCCUUCAUCUCUGAUUCUGUCAGUGUGAAGGAGGAGCUUGAAACAAGGAGCUGAUCACACUUGCAGAGAUGGUUUUCAAGAAACACAGGGUUUUAAGUAUAUAUAGUGACAUCUGGUGCCACAUUUUGACUCUUCAAAUUACUGCUUAAGAAUGGAUUCUUGGAUUAGAUCUCCACUUCUAACCUCCUUACACUAAUCUCUGAUGGGAGAAAAACAAAGCAAAGGCACAUUAGAAUGUAGUUUCUUAUGUCCUUCUACUUUAAAGAGUACAGUAGAAGUCAUAGAGCUAGGCUUCAGGUGGAAAUGUCUUACUUGAAUUUCUCAGAGGCCAAAAAUGCUCUUAUUUCUGUUUCAGACACUACGCACAUACUUAAAAUGCACUAAAAUCUGAUUGAUAUAGGAUUGUAUGGCUUAACAGUAAUAGGCUUGGAAAUGUGUGGAAUACACCAGAUUGGACUAGAAGCCUAACUGACCCACCCUCUGAGGAGGUGGUGGUUUUUACAGAGGCAUUAGUUGCUCAAAGCAUAAGUUUUAGGUAUCACUUUUGCACUUUGUGAUUUAAGGACCAUCAUGUCUGUGACCAAAUGGUGCUGUUUGAUGUUUAAACAAAUUAGAUCUGGACCCUACCUCACUGGAUUCUUGUGAGGAUUAAAUUAGAUAAAGCAUGCAAAGUGCCACUCAAAUAAAUCGUUUUUAUUAAUACUGUUAUUACACAUCCAAAGUAUUCUCAUCAGAGCCUGCAAUAAAUGUGCUUGAACAUACUCUGUGGCAGCAAAGUUUUGGCCUCUAAGGAUAGAUUGAAGUUGAGGAAAAAUUUGAUGAUUAAGGGAUGUGGUCAGGCUGGAUGAUGCCAUUUUUCGUCAAAAAAGUGAAGCAUAACUCUAAUUGACUGGUGUUCUCACUGGGAAGAAUUUGGCUCUCUGAAGGCAACUUACGAAGAGGAAUGUUGUGAACAAUGGUGGCAUUGUCUACCCACCCGUGGAGAUGGCUGUGGACGAUGUGCAAGUCACACCAUUGCAUAGGAACCAAGGUGGGAGGAGACCGAAUCUACGCAUUCCAUGAUUCCAGCCACGGAAAGGAUAGCAUUAGAACAUGAUGAGGAGGAUAGAUUGUUGUAGAAAGUCACAUUAGAAUUAUUCCGUGAGUAGUUGAAUACUGCCUGGAUGUUUUGGAAAGAGCACUGAACACGAUGUUAGAAGACCUGCCUUAAUCACAAAUACUUUUUGUGGCCUUAACAAAUAAUGGAAGCCUCUCUAGACCUCAGUUUCCUCAUUUGGGAAAUGGGAAUGACCAUAUUUGCCCUUUUAUCAACCUAUUCACCCCACAGGGUUUGUUGUGAGCAUAUAAUAUAAUGUGGUGAAAGUGCUUUUAAUAUAUAAAUUACAAUAUAAAUGUGAGGUGGUGGCAAUGAUUGUUUUUAGUGAAAUAUUUUUGGAGUCUUUUGUGUCAUAAAUAAACUUUGUACUGGGCUUAAUUUGUGUGAGCACUUAUAGGAUCUCCAGCACUCAGGGGGCUGGCUAUAGGGCAGGUGACUGCAGACUUCCGGGCUAAUAAUGACACAGCAUAUCUGUAGUGUGUCGCCGAUAAACCAGAUAAGUGCAGUACAACAUGUAUCCGUUAUCAUUGAGAGAGAUCACAGACUUUUAAAAAAUAUUUUUUAACGAAAGCCCUGCAAAAGAAUGAUAUAUACAUCUUAGUUUUCUUUAAAACCAAGUAUACUGAGCAUAAUUUUUUC